CUAAAUUCUUGGACACGCCUCCUGUCAAAACGUCACAUCUUAAAAAUGGCAGCUUACUUGAGCCGGUUACACCACAUCUCGCUCCACGUUUCUAACGUGGAGAAAAUAGCUAACGACCUUGUCUCUAAGUUCAAGUUUGAUUUGUUUGCUACCAGAUUGACCGACAGGUCCAGGCAGCUGGCUUUCAGAAAAGGAGCGGCAGUUUUCAUCGUGAACGAGAGACCAAACCAGAGCAGUGUGAGAUUGAAUGAAGAGCUGCUGGGCAUCACAGACAGAUAUUCGGGUGAUUCACGGCGGGUCAACGUGGGGAAAUACAACAAGGAUAAUUCUGCAAAGUGUCUCUACGAUGUCAGCACAUACUACCCGGUGGAUACUGUGAGCAACGUGUGUUUCGAGGUGGAGGAUGUGGAAAGGUCAUUCAGGGCUCUUCGCCAUCUGGGCUGCAACUUCCUGGUGCCUCCCACUACAGUUCAGGACGAGGCUGGUCUCGUCACCUACUCGGUGGUUAAAUCCAUUGUGGGGAAUGUGUGCCACACACUCAUUGACAGGACAAAAUAUGAGGGGAUCUUCUUGCCUGGGUUUGAUGUCGUGGAAAAGGACUGCAGCUUGGAGGAAGAGGACACCUCUUGUCCAAUCACACAUUUUGAUCACAUCACUUACGCCUGCCCCAGGAAAACAACCCACCAGGUCAUGAGGUGGUACGAGCAGCUCUUUGGUUUUCAGAGGUUUUUCAUCGAUAGUGAAGAAGAUGUGGACGAAGGUUUUGUCGUAAAUCAGGAAGGCAUUGGGCUGCGUCUAACUGCCAUGAAGUACUGGAAAUGCAGCAAAGCAGGUGUCAUUCUUCCCUCUGUGGACAAAAAAGAGCCUGACUGCAAGUUUGUCAUUGCAGAAUCGCUGCCUGAACAAGGCAGGAACCAGGUUGACACCUUCCUGGAGCAGCACAGGGCCCCAGGGAUCCAGCACAUCGGGCUGUACACAAAAAAUAUUGUUUCUACUGCACACACAAUGGCUGGAGCUGGUGUACAGUUUUUCUCCCCUCCUCCUGCCUACUACUCUGAGGUGGGAAAACAGCAGGAAAUAGAGGAGGCAGGACACAACCCCCAGAUGCUGGCACAGCAUGGCAUUCUCCUGGACACAGACCUACACCAGGAUCCUUUAUCACAGAAAGCAUCCAGUGAAAACAGGAGAUACCUUCUCCAGGUGUUCACCAAGCCCAUCUUCGCAGAGGACACCUUCUUCCUCGAGCUGAUCGAGCGAAGGGGGGCGACGGGUUUUGGCGAGGGAAACAUCAGAGCGCUGUGGAGGUCGGUGCAGGCCUACAUGGAGAGCGAGAGGCGGGAUUCUCAAGGAGAGGGAUCCCCAAAAACUGUUCACACUGCUCAAUACUAGUCACUCCAAAAUGUUUUUAUUUUUUCAGGUUAUUUCAUUUUAAUAGUUUACAAAGGAUUUUUCCCACAAGUGUUCAGUAUUGGAUUUACUCAAGUUACUGUUGCAAUGCUGACAAAGUACAAAUAAUAUAUUCUAUUAAUAUUUUCUUUUGAACAUGACUGAACAGAUGACAGAUGGAAAACUGCACUGUGAACAAAGUGGUGCACGUACAGAUGGUACAUACGAUACUUGAAACAUUAUAACAAAAAUGCACUUGCUGUAGCAGUAAAAGAAUGUCUUUGUUUCCACUGUCAAAGCAAAAACUGACUGAUGACUCCAGAGCAACUGUUCCUCAAUAAAUCUGUAUCUCACCGCAGACCGUGAAAACCAAUUACUGUCCUCAAAAUAAAGCACUCUGUGUUUCUU